AUGUCCCUUCCACAUCUCAUUCCUGGGAAAUUGAGCUCUGGGGAACCGGGCAUGAUGUGGAGUCCACGCACAUCCCCAAGCGCGUUCACGCGCCUCCCGCGCGUGUCCGCCGUCGUUUGCAUGCUCUCUACUGCAGUCAUUCUCGGCCUACCAUCGCUCUCUGCUUCCCCACAUGCAUUGCACGGCACGGCAGACCGACGGCGUCACUCCGUGACCAGCAUCCAGGCCAUCUCCAACUUGGGCCUCGGCGGCGGCUACGUCUACAUUGGUGCCCCACCAUAUUCUGGCUACCAUCCAUCGAUUGGACGACAAGCGAACGGUGCCUUAAAGCUCAUGGUCGAAAUUAAGUGGAGCUUUCAGAUAGCUGUUGUGGAUGGGCGGGCAGUGUGGCUGACUUUCAUCCGAAAAUACGCAAACGACGACGAAUUCAAGCAUACGUGGGCAAAAUUUCAUGCAGAGAUGCCUUGUCCUACACCUCCGGAGAUUCUGCUGGCUCCUAGGCGACACUCUCAAGCCAUUUUGGUCACGUUUCCGGGACGCGAAGAGCUCUUCGUUGCGAAUCCCACCGCGGAGGAUCAGCCGGAGUCGCCUCCGGCUCUUCACUCGCUUUCCCUGCCUCCGCUAGUCGCUUGUAAUGCCGCAACCGCGGACCUGGGGAAACUUCGCACGGAGCUCAAAAUGGAAGCGACGUUUCUGAGCACCGCGGGCUCCAAGACCCCAGUAGAGAACGCGCUGCAGCCUUCCGUCGUGGGUGACCGCGUCACAUCUCCCGCUAACGCCCCGCACCCUGCCCGUUUUCGACUGGCUGACCUCGGGUGGCGCGGGAGUAAGGUCGGGCGGUUCCCGCCUGCGUUCGAGCGUCGCGCAGGUGCUCCGUAUCCUGGAGUAGUGCCCAACGCCGCGCUCCACGUCUUCGGGAACACCAACACCCUGGCUUGA